ACAAAUAUGAACACUGCUGUAGUCAGUGGUGAACGUGAUGUCGUUGAAGAUCUUAGUUCGGGUUUUGAAAAUGUUCCUGUUUUAAUUGAAAAGAGCUCAGCGGUGCUGACUUCUCCUGAGUUUCAGUAUUCCCCAGACAACGUUGAGGGACCGGGAUGCAUCAUUGACCCCAGUGAAGUCACCCUUCCUGGAUGCUCCUGUCCUUCUCAUUCCUGCUGUCCUGAGACCUGCUCCUGCCUCCAAACCCAUGGACAGGUAUAUGGUGGUGAUGGCAAACUGCUAGAUCUCAGGCAAACAGACUCUGGUUACUGCUCACCUGUGUUUGAGUGCAAUGCCCUCUGCACCUGCAGUGACUCCUGCUCCAAUCGUGUGGUCCAGCGAGGACUGAGACACAGACUGCAGGUUUACAGUACUGAGAACAGGGGUUGGGGAGUCAGGACACUGGAGUCAAUCCCACAUGGGACAUUUGUGUGUGAGUAUGCAGGAGAGGUGAUCAGUUUUGAGGAGGCCAGACGCAGGCAGCUUACCCAGAGAUCUGAAGAAAAUAAUUACAUCAUAGCUGUGAGGGAGCAUGCAGGUGCAGACUCCGUUACAGAGACGUUUGUGGACCCAGCUGUUGUGGGAAAUGUAGGCCGCUUUCUCAACCAUUCCUGCCUGCCCAACCUCUUCAUGCUACCUGUCCGUGUGCACUCUGUGGUUCCUCGACUGGCUUUGUUUGCUGGACGGGACAUCGAUGCACAAGAUGAGCUGACGUUUGACUACUCAGGAGGAUACAGUAACAAAACUCCUGUAGAGCUGCCGUCCAAACUGUCCAACAGGGCAGACGCACUUCAGAGGAAAGUGUGUCAUUGUGGUGCCAACAACUGCACACAGUUCCUUCCACUGGAUUUAUCUAUUCUCAGCUAAAAACUUGAAAGGAAGGGGAAAUUAUUUUUAUUUUGGCAGAAAUUGUAAAUAAAAUAAUUACAUUAAAUUAUUUAUGGGUGUACAAUUA